AUGCAGCUCUUUGUCUGUGCCCAGGAGCUACACACCCUCGAGGUGACUGGUGAGGAGACUGUUGCCCAGAUCAAGGCUCAUGUAGUCCCUCUGGAGGGCAUCGCUCCAGAAGAUCAAGUUGUGCUCCUGGCAGGCACACUCCUAGAGGAUGAGGCUACCCUAGGUCAGUUUGGAGUGGAGGCUCUGAACACCCUGGAAGUAGCCAGCUCCGUGCUUGGAGGUAAAAUCCAUCAUUCCCUGGCCCGUGCUGGGAAAGUAAGAGGGCAGACUCCCAAGGUGGCCAAACAGGAGAAAAAGAAGACAGGCUGA